AUCCCAGAGUUUUCUGCUGUUACUACAUUGGAUGGACAACAGAUUGAUUAUUAUGACAGUGAGAUCAAGAAGUUGAUUCCCCCGACAGGUUUGGAUGAAGGAGUUUGCAUCUGGAGACAAAUGGAAAGAAUAUACUGAGAUCAGAGAACGAGUACAGCAGAUCAACAAAAUCAACAUUAAUUUUGUAAUGCAGCUAUUCAAUCACUCACAUGGUGUUCAUACGUAUCAGAGGAUGUAUGGAUGUGAUUGGGAUGAUAAGACUGGACACUCAAAUUAUUUUGAUGAGCAUGCUUAUGAUGGAGAGGAUUUUAUCUCACUAGAUGUGGAGAACAGCAGAUACAGCACAGCUGUACAUCAGGGAUUGAUCACAGUGGCCAGGUGGAACAAUGACAGCGCACAGCUUACCUAUCUAAAACAAUACUAUAGAAAUGGUUGCGUUGGCUGGGUGAUAUAUUUCUUGCAUUUAAAAAAAGUGGAUUUAGAGAAAAGAGCUCCUGAAGUAUCUCUUUUACAGAAGAGUCCCUUUUCUCCAGUGGUGUGUCAUGCCACAGGUUUUUACCCAUCAGGAGUGACUAUUACCUGGUUAAGAAAUGGACAGGAGCACCAUGAGGAUGUGGAUCUUGGAAAUCUACUGCCAAAUGAGGAUGGGACCUUCCAGAAGACACUUAGCCUCUAUGUAAUUAAAAACAAGUGGAAGAAGGACCAGUAUGUUUGUGUGGUGAAGCACAAGGGAAAGACCAUCCAGAAGAUUCUGACUGAGGACGAGGUCAAGAGUAACGACAGACCUACAAAAACAUACUUCACAAUACCUGUGAAUGUAUUCAUAGUCAUCCUCAUAGUCCUGCUUAUUGGUACUUGUAUUAAAAAAAAAAAAAGUUUGUAUCAGCGAGUUUCAUCCUUUGACGAUGACGAGAGUUACUCCGACAAAAGUCUUUGAAGAGUUUGCUCCAGUCAUCUGCACUUUCCCAAGAUUACAGUCCAAUCAGGUAUCUCCAGGAUGUGGGAGAUCAGAUAAUUUCGAGCAUGCAUGUGUGACUAAAACAAUUCUUGUUGAACACGUUCCACGAGUAUGGAUGCCAUGGACCUGUUUUCCCAAACAAGAUGAUCACAUGACCAAACAAACACAAAAAAAGAACAUGUGUGGUGUUAAGUCUAUAAAAGCACAAUGCAGACACAUCAAUGUAAAAGUGCAAAUGCAAAUCAGCUAAAGGGAUCAUCAAGAUACUAAUUAUUAAACUUAUGUUAAUAUCAGGUUUAAUGGGCACAUUAAAUGCAGUACAGUUUGUGAUCUUGUCUUUCACCACUCACAUUUCUAUAUACAUAAUUAUAUAUUUAAAGAAUUUGUAAAUAUACAGUUCACUGAAUAAUAA